AAAGAUGGCUAGAGCUAGUACCAGUAACACACCAUUGUACGCUUUGCUCUUGAUUUCUUGGUUACUUUUUGCUUCACAGAUCCAUGCCUCCUCAUCAGAGGCACUUGUAAGGCCUCCAAUUGUGGACGGGCUCUCAUGGAAUUACUAUUGGUUAACCUGUCCUAGGCUUGAAAGGAUUGUCAGAAAGCAUCUUCAGAAGGUGUUCAACCAGGAUAGUGGUCAAGCUCCUGCCUUACUCAGGAUCUUCUUCCAUGACUGCUUCGUUCAGGGUUGCGAUGGGUCGAUAUUAUUGGAUGGAACUCCAAAUGAAAGAGAUCAACCAGCAAACAUAGGAAUAAGGCCAGAGGCCUUGCAGACAAUUGAAGACCUCCGAUCUCUUGUCCACAGGCAGUGUGGAAGGGUCGUCUCCUGUGCUGACCUCAUUGUUCUCGCCGCACGUGAGGCUGUUUCCCAAUCAGGAGGCCCUGAAUUUGACGUGCCACUGGGGAGAAAAGAUGGCAUAACCUUCAGCAUAAAUGGAACAAACAAUCUUCCACCACCAUUUUUCAAAACUGGUGAACUCCUUGACACUUUUGGAGCUAGAAACUUUGAUGCCACAGAUGUGGUUGCACUCUCUGGAGCACACAGUUUUGGUCGAGCCCACUGUAGCACUUUCUUUGACAGGAUCAAUCAAUCAGACCCACCCAUUGAGGAGUCCUUUGCCAACAAUCUAAAGGGCAUUUGCCCCAACGAAGACUCCACCAACACUUCUGUGCUGGACGUGAGAACCCCCAAGUUGUUUGAUAACAAGUACUACAUCAACCUUCUGAAUCGCCAGGGUCUCUUUGUCUCGGAUCAAGACCUGUUCAGUGACUCGAGGACUAAGGAAAUAGUGAACUCCUUUGCUUCCAACCAGAAACUUUUCUUUGACAAGUUUGCCAAUGCUAUACUCAAGUUGAGCCAAUUGGAUGUGUUGACUGGAAAACAAGGACAAGUUCGUGCUAAAUGCUCCUUCCCAAACACCAAGAAGAAAUCUUUUGUUACCUCUGUGGUGGAAGAGGUGGUUGAUUUAACUGGUCAGGUGUAAAACGAACCAUAAAUGACCUAGUAGACUUUAAUAUGUUACAUAAAGAAGGAGUUUCUUCCUGUGUUGUGUUGCUGGUUUCCUGACAUGUUUUCGUGUCUAGUGUUUGAUGAACCGUGUAAUAAAAAUGUAACAUAGUGAACCUUAGUGUGACAUAUAAUGCACAUCAUUUUGGUUUAUGUCCCUUUAUAUUUUCUAUUUAUAUCUUCUUAUAAAUUAAUAAUUUACUUAACCACAAUUUGGGCACUUGUACCAUCAGUAUAGCAGAGUCUUGCAUGGGGCAAUUUGAUUGCAAUGCUGGGAGUCACUUCAA